CAGCACUCCAUUUUUGAUUAGAGGAAAAGGCUGGGUGUUUGAAGAAAGGAAAAGAUACCUAGGUCAUAGAAGCAACCUGCCGGUGUAGGUGACUUCCUGGUAGAGAGGCAAUCAUGUGGGACGGUCCUCGACCAGGCCCACGUGGAGGGCCCCCCUUUCGUGGGGAGAUGUUUGAAGGCAGAGAAGGUCCUGUCCCUGAAUUCAGAGGGAGAGAUGCAAAGCCUAUGGGUCACAGGCCUCCUGACCGGCCCCCUAUGGACAUGAGGCGAUUUGAUCGUCCCGCAGACGUGAGAGCCAGGGAAAUGGAGCCUUUAGACAUACGAGGAAGAGAGCCACACAGGAACUUCUUCAGACCAGGAGAUGAGGCGGAUGUGGGUAUGAGAAGGCAAUAUGAAAAGGAAAUGCGCAACAAGCCGCCAGGCCCUUCAGACUUUAUGGGGCCUGGCAGGCACCCUUUAGAUGUUGGUGGAAGGGACAUGAAUCAGAGAGGUCUGAGAGAGCCGGAAGAGGGCUUCAUGGGUAUGAGGGAACGGGAAAGGUUUCGCAUGGAUAUGCCUGGGUUCAAUGACCCUCCCAUGGAUUCUAGGAGACGGCUUCCAGUAGACCUUCUGGGUAGAGAUGAGGGGUUUAGAGACAUGCAUGAGAGGGAAAGACCUCCUAUGGGCAUGGAUGACAUAGAUGGGAUGAACAUGGAUAUGCCACCAAGACAGCGAGAUAUCAUGGACUUUGAUAGGAGAGGUGCAGCUCCACUGAAUUCCAGGGGAAGAUUUGAGUCUGAUAUGGACUUCAGAAACCGUAUGCGACCCUCCUCUGAGUUCAGGGAAAGAGAGAGGUCACCCCUGAACUUCGGAGACAAUGAUGGGGUUCCGAUGGAUGUCAGGGGGAGACCUGAUUUACCCCCAGAUUUUGGGGGCAUGAAUAGACCCAAUUUCAGGGCAGGUGAAGGGAACUUCAGAGAAAUGGAAUUUCCAGAACAAAGGGAACCGCCUAUGGGUUUCCGGGGCAGAGAAGAGAGGCCGCAUUCUGAUGAGUGGCAUGGCCGUGACAUGAGGGAACGAGGGCCUUUUGUGCCGCAUAUGAAGGGAGGUCCUCCUUUCCAAAAGGGCAGGGAGAGAUUCCCCGCAGCCAGAGGCAGAGAAGGUGCCUCUGGGGAGCUUGCCGAAUUCCCGGGAAGAGACAGACCUCCAGCGGAGUUCCCUGGGGAUAAAGAAGGGGCGUUCGGCUUUCCUCGUCCAGGAAGAGAGCCUUUAGACUCCCACAGCUGGGAGAGGAACGGACCCCCAGAUCACUUCCAUGGACGGGAUUUAGCCCCGUUUGGCCGCAAAGGUUCUCAGGAACCCCCGCGUCUGCACACGGAGCCCCCGCCGCUAAAUGCCCCGAGCCGAGAGAACGAGUCAAAGCGCUGGUCCAGGGACCGGGACCCAAAACACAACCUGAAUGCGUCACUCCGAGGCAGGCCUCCCUACCUACGAGGUCCGGAUUCUCUCCAAGGGAAAGGCCAGGCAGCCCAAGAACAUGGCGGUGGAGAGGAUCGAGCUCCCUAUGGAGAGCAGAAAGACCCAAUGCCCAAAUUGGGACAAGAGGGAGGGCAGGAGGAGUUCCUAGAGAGCAGCGGUAGCGACUGUAGAGACCAGGACUACAGGGACAUUGAUUACAGGACAGGCUCAGGUCGUGCCUAUGAGUAUGAGUGUAGGGAUCCACAAGGAACAGAAAAAGCUCCAAAAGAACCCAAGCCAGUUCCAGCCCAGAGAUUCAAUGACCCUGCUGCUCAGGAUCAAGAUUACAGAAGUGCAUCUGUGAAGGAGAAGGUCUCGAACACGAUCUCCAUUACAGGAAUUCCGAAAACCGCCACAAUGGAGCAGAUCCUUGGUGCUUUUGCAGUCCGUGAUGGCAUACCCAUGCAGGGCAUGAAAAUAAAGAACGUUGUGCCAGGUUACAGCUACGAUACGGCCUAUGUGGAGUUUUUAAACCUCGAGGAUGCUGUCCACUUCAUGGAGUCCAACCAGGGAUCCCUGAAGGUUGGUGUUAAGACUGCACUGAUGAGAUACAUCCAGCCAGACAGGAGCUGCAAGGAGGCUCCUGAGCCGAUGCUUAAGGAUCCCUUGCCUCAGGAGCCCCUCCUGCCCACCCCUGUGAUGGCAAAGGCACAGCCCCCGGACAUGGCCCAUCAGGAUGGGCACCACCAGAAGCCUCCCCCUGACCCGCUCUCCCACGGGGCCUGGCAGCGGAGCUCCGAUCUGACCCCCGAGGCCUGGCAGCAGCAGAUGGACCGGCAGCAGCAACAACAACAGCAGCAACAGCAGCAGCAGCAGCAGGAGGGGGAGUCAUGGGGUGCCCGAAACCCUCGCCACCCUCCUCGGCAGCUAGACCCCAUCUUUAAGGAGAGCAAAACCAUGAUAAUAAAGAAUGUGAAGCCCACCACAACAGUGGAAACCAUCCUGAAGGCUCUUGACCCCUAUGCCUACCUGGAUGAGAGGAAUGUUCGGCUGGUGAGGGGAAAGCCCCUUGGGGCCAAGUGCUUCUGCUUCGUGGACAUGGACUCUCAUGAGCAAGUAACUCGACUGGUGGAGCUCCUGACUAAACCCCCACCUCUAAUGAUUGAUGGAGUCAGGGUUUAUGUGGAGGUGGCAAAACCUUUGAAGAAUCAAAAUUACAAGAGGGAGUUUGAUAAAUCCAAUACCUCUCUCUUGGGAUACCCUCCAGAAGCCAUCAUGAUGGAGCAGUACUACCCCCAGCCUGUUCAGGCACCACUGGCGGCCCCAGCUGUUAUUCAAGGGGAUCCCGUGUUGCCAGCCACCAGAGACGCUACGCUGACACCCAGCCCUCACCUACCCGCAAACUUGACACCGGCUGUUCCUUAUGUUGAAGCUCCAGCUGUUGACCCCUCCUACCAGGCGGCUGACCCUCAGGCGCCCACCGCAGCACCAGUACUCGCAGCGACAGGAGAGGCUGCGGACACCUAUAGCUAUGCUACAGACACCCCAGAUAUGUCGACAUACCUGUAUGAUGCCACAUCUGGAUUCUACUACGACCCCCAGACAACACUAUACUAUGACCCCAGUUCUAGGUAUUUCUACAAUGCGCAGACCCAGCAGUACCUGUACUGGGACACUGCCACAAAGACGUACAUCCCAGUGCCAGGGUACACCACAGACACCCAGCCCCCCGUGUCCCAGAUCAGUGUCCCAGCGGCACCAGUCACCGACAUGCCGGCCGCAGACGCACCUCUGGAAAUGAAGAAACCCACAGAAGCAGUAACAGAAAAGAAGGAGGAAGAGGAGCCCGCACCUCGUACAGAGAAGAAAGAGAAGGAGAAAGAAGACAAACCCAGGAGUUUGGCAGCGUUCAAGAUCAUGAAAGACAUGGAGCGCUGGGCCAAGAUCCAGAACCGCCAGAAGGAGAGCGUCCGCGUGCCGUCACCGGUUCUCAAGACGCCUGCCGUGGCCGAGGAAAAGAAGUCCUCGAAGGCCGCCGAUGCAGCCUUCGCCAUCUUUGAGAAGAAGGGCACAAUGGGUGAUGAUCUCUUCAAGAAACCUUUAGCUCCGCCGAAGAAAGAGGAGAAGAGCACAAAGCGGCCCAUGGGCUCUCUGGGGCUGCUGGUGGCAGACUACGGGGCUGGCAGCGAUGAGGAAGAGGAGGAGAAGCACGAAGCCCCGCGGGUGGCAAAGAGCCAGCCCGAGGAGAAGGAAGACAAGCUGACGGACUGGAAGAAGAUGGCCUGCCUGCUGUGCCGGAGGCAGUUCCCCAACAAGGACGCGCUGGUGCGCCACCAGCAGCUCUCCGACCUCCACAAGCAAAACAUGGAGAUCCACCUGAAGAUCAAGAGGUCCAAGAAGGAGCUGGAGGCUCUAGAGAACCAGGAGAAACAGAUGAGCUCCAGAGACACAAGUAGCCCUCCGGAAGCCAAGAGGAAGAAAUAUCAGAACUCCUGGUCCAGUGCUCCCAGGGAAACGCAUAAGACAUCGGAUAGACCUGGACUAGGCGCAGAGACUAUGGAGAGGAAGAAGAAGGAACCUGUUGUCUGGAAUCAUGCCACAUACAAGCAGGCAGUGCGCAAGGCCAUGUUUGCCCGCUUCAAGGAGCUGGAGUGACCUCGCCUCCUGUCCAGCGCAGUCAGGAACAGGGCUUCCAGAUCCUGUGUGUUAAUGACGCGUGUCGUUCCCGUUAAGGUGUUCUGAGUGACUUCCAGUCCGUUGCUUCUCGACUUUGCAUUGCAUUCCCCACCACUUCCUCCUCUUCUCGGCUGCAGCGAUCUCUCUCCAGCAGGUGAGGCUGUCGGGACCAGCCGCUGACCUCAGUGAGCAUCUAUCUCCGUGAGCGUUGGUCAGAGAUCAUCGCUGCUGUGGGCAGAAGGAUGUGGUCUGGAAUGUGAGCUGGGACCUUUCGGUGUUCUCCUCCCUGGGGUGCUCCGUGUGUAGGAACGAGCAGAGCAAUACACCACCACGCCCGCAGGCCUGAUUCAGGGGUUAGCCCAUAAGCUACAGGGAUGUGAUAAACUGAGCCUGCUGUGCCUGGCGUGCACGCUGGACAACUUCAGGGCCUUCUCCUUUUGGGCUCGACCAACAGGAGGCAGAGCGGUCCAUAAAACCCCUCUGUGACGUCUGCCUUUAGCUCAUAUCAAUGUGUUAGGGACAGAGGCUUAAUAUAUAUUGGAGUCCUCUCAUGUCAUGAUGUGGCUGAAGUGUAGUAUUGUGAGGUUUUGCCCUGCAGCCAAACGUGCGAGGCUCGCUGUGUUCGUCACACAGUCCUCUGUCGUGAUCCACCAGCUGGCUCCAGCAGCACGAAACGCAUUUUGUUUUCUUUAUUUUAACACGAUUUUUACAUUGAGUCUUAUUUUCCCCUGUAAAAUGUUCUGUACUCUGUAUUAUGUGUAUACUUUUUUUUAGUAAAAAAAAAAUCAACAGGUGCUUAAUUGAGUGUUUGUGAUCUUGUCUAAUGGGUUAUGAAUGGAACAGAAAAGAAUCUUUCAUAUGUGGAAACUAUAGGUUUUGGCUUCUGAGUGGAGAAUAUUUGUUUCUUAUUUUACUGCAUUAGACCAAUCCCUACUGGUUAUUACAUGUGUGAUCAGACAUGGCAGUAUAGUCAUUCAGGCCCUGAAAAACAAUAAUUGGGAUUGUCUGCAUACAACCUGUACCUCUCACUGCUACAAGUCUGGAUGUCUCAACUGGUCCAUUUUCAAUACAUUCGAAAACUGCACUGGUAAUCCUCAAGUCUCAAGCACCAAAAUACAUUGUUCUGUGG